CCCUUCCAGACUGUAUAAAUAUCUGAGAGCAGUUGGGAAGAGCUCAGUGUUGCAGAGCUGCUCAUAGAAGAGAGAACAAGGCAAGGGGAGAGGGCACAAGACGACCUGUUAGGAGAAAAAAAUCCUCUGAGUUAAAUCUGGAAAUUGGCUUGGAUUAAAAAAAAUUAAUCAAUUUGCACAGGAACAGAACGUUGGAUUGUGGGGAAACAAACAAACAAACAUAAAAAGACUUAAGAUAUUAGUAUAAAUUGCUCAGGCGUGUCUGAAAGAUGCUCUUCCUCUCGUUGCUGUGCGUAUGUGGCCUCCUGCUGCGAGGUGACGCCCAGGACCGAGCCUCCCUGUGGAGGGGGAACGACCGGAGCGGCCGAUGCCAGUACACCUUCACCGUGCCCAGCCCCGCGGAGGCCACUUGCCCACAGGCUGGGGGUCCAGAGCUGGACGGCCUGAAGGCCAGGCUCGGGGUGCUGGAGGCGCUGGUGGCCCAGCUCGGCGGGAAGGGCGUUCAGCCGCGGGGAGGCCAGCAGGGGGCCGCUGCCAGACCGCAGCCCGAGCUCCAGGAGGCUCUCAACCGAGCGGUGGCAGAGAGGAACCUGCUGCAAGGGGAGAAAGAGAGGCUGCAGAGGGAGCUGGACACGCUGAAGAUCAGGAUGGAGGAGAUGAGGCGGGAGACGGAGAGGCUGAGGAGCAGACCCUGCCUGUCUCAGAGCCCAGUGGCAGCUGCCACCGCCACCCAGCAAGACUGGGGCAGAGGCAGACCGGCUGCUGGUUCCAGUCAGAUGUCCCACCUCAUGACGAGGCCCAACCGGCAGGGCGACAGCAGCAACCCGAGAGAUUCAGCCUGGCCGCAUGGAGCCCAGGGCUUUCAGGAACUGAAGGCUGAGGUGACCGAGGUGCCUGCACCCGACGGCAACGUCGACAACACAGGAUGCGGGGAGCUGAUUUCCGUGGGUGAGCCGGUCACCCACAGGAAGGCUGACAACAUCGCAGGUAAAUACGGUGUCUGGAUGCAGGAUCCCGAGGCCGUUUCCCCCUAUGGAGCCAGCAUGCUCUGGCGCAUCGACACGAUUGGCACCGAGGUCAGGCAGCUGUAUGGGUAUGAUGACAUGGAGCAGCUCUCCAAAGGCUUCCCUUCCAAGGUCCUGCUGCUGCCAGACCCAUUGGAAAGCACCGGGGCCACAAUAUACCGAGGGUCCCUGUACUACCAGAGACGGCUGAGUCGCACCCUGAUCCGCUAUGACCUGGCCUCUGAGAACGUGGCGGCCCGUCGUGAACUCCCCCACGCUGGCUUCCACGGCCAGUUCCCCUACUCCUGGGGCGGCUACACGGACAUCGACCUGUCUGCGGACGAGAAGGGGCUGUGGGCUGUCUACUCCACCAGCAAAGCCCAAGGAGCCAUUGUGAUCUCGAAGCUCGACCCACACAGUCUGGAGGUGAAGAGGAGCUGGGAGACGAGCAUCAGGAAGGCGUCCGUGGCCAACUCCUUCAUGAUCUGCGGGAAGCUUUACACCGUGGCCAGCUACGCAGCCCGCGACACCACCAUCAACCACGUUUACGACACGGCAACCAGCCAGCUGAAGGCCGUGUCCAUUCCCUUCAAGAACAAGUACGGCUACAACAGCAUGAUUGACUACAGCUUGGCCCAAAGGAAGCUGUUUGCCUGGGACAACUUCCACCUAGUGUCCUACGACCUCAGGCUGGGCCGCCAGCAGGCUAACUGAGGUCAGCAUCAAUGACUGUUUGCUCACCUGUUCCUGCUUCAGAGACUCACAGUUUUAGACCAUAACAUGAGCAACAGCAGCAGCAGUUACAAAGAUAUGGAAAAGCAAAAAGCUCACAAGUAGUCAGUUUCCACCCAAUAUGUGUAAGAAAUUAUGAGGGGGAAAAAAAACAUCCUUGUUUAAUUAGUCAGGAUGAUUUAAAAUAGUGUUUUCUGACCUGAUGCUGUUUUCUGUUUGGUAACUCUAGAGGUGUUCUCCAUCAAAGCAAAAAAAGGUUUUUUGCCAUAUUUUACAGCAUCCUGAAAGUAAGUCGGACAAAUUGUGGCCCUAUUGUCUUUCCAUAGAAAGCUAACGCCUUUUCACCUGUAGGAAAACUACCAAACUCCUUAAACAUUGGAGGCAUGGUGCCUCCCGCAGGUCUGCUUUUCAUUUUCCUUUAUUCUCGUUCCUUAUUUUGCCGUGGCAUGGUCCACAAUGUUGUUUUCAGAGGAAUUAUUUUUGUACCGCCUUUAAUCCAUGUAUGUGAUUUUGUCGUUUUCCGUGUAAAGCUAUGUAUUUGUGAAUUAAAUAAACCACGAAUCAGUUUAACCAAAAACAUGAUUUGCAUUUGAUUCAGUAAUGCUGCGAUACCAACUCCUGUGGUUUUACAUGCCCCGCAGUGAUUUAUCAGCCAACAUCCCUCUAUAAAACUGCUCCAAUAAAGCAUGUAUUGAAUAUUGCAUGUUUUUGCACAGUGUAGUCAACCUGUGUCCAAAAUCCUCAUAAAAUAAAGUUUAUUGAUGACG